AUGCUCAUUCCGGGGAGCAAUCUGUUGGAAAAUAUUCCACAUGAAGUAAAUAACGCGCCUGCGGAAAAUAAUUCCAAUGAACAAUCUACGGCAGAUGAUGCUGCAGCUAACGAGCAGGCCGUUGGCGAGGAGCAUGGAACGGAUGAGCCGUCCCUCGUCAACCAAAAGACGGUACCUGAGCAUGCUCAUUCCGGGGAGCAAUCUGUUGUAAAUAACGCGCCUGCGGAAAAUGAUUCCAAUGAACAAUCUACGGCAGAGGAUGCUGCAGUCAACGAGCAGGCCGUUGGCGAGGAGCAUGGAACGGAUGAGCCGUCCCUCGUCAACCAAAAGACGGUACCUGAGCAUGCUCAUUCCGGGGAGCAAUCUGUUGAUCAAGUAGACCUGUUAAAUAACACGUACGUUUUGGAAAAUAUUCCACAUGAAGUAAAUAACGCGCCUGCGGAAAAUGAUUCCAAUGAACAAUCUACGGCAGAUGAUGCUGCAGCCAACGAGCAGGCCGUUGGCGAGGACCAUGGAACGGAUGUGCCUUCUGCCGUCAACCAAAAGACGGUACCUGAGGAUGCUCAUUCCGGGGAGCAAUCUGUUGGUGAGUACAGCAAUGAUAUCAAUAUUGAUACCGAUCCGAAUACACUAGAUCAAGUAGACCUAUUAAAUAACACGUACGUUUUGGAAAAUAUUCCACAUGAAGUAAAUAACGCGCCUGCGGAAAAUGAUUCCAAUGCACAAUCUACGGCAGAUAAUGCUGCAGCCAACGAGCAGGCCGUUGGCGAGGAGCAUGGAACGGAUGAGCCUUCCCCCGUCAACCAAAAGACGGUACCUGAGCAUGCUCAUUCCGGGGAGCAAUCUGUUGGUGAGUACAGCACUGAUAUUAAUAUUGAUACCGAUCGGAAUACACUAGAUCAAGUAGACCUGUUCAAUAACGCGUACGUUUUGGAAAAUAUUCCACAUGAAGUAAAUAACGCGCCUGCGGAAAAUGAUUCCAAUAAACAAUCUACGGCAGAUGAUGCUGCAGCCAACGAGCAGGCCGUUCGCGAGGAGCAUGGAACGGAUGAGCCUUCCCCCGUCAACCAAAAGACGGUACCUGAGGAUGCUCAUUCCGGGGAGCAAACUGUUGAUGAAGUAAAUAAUGCGCCUGCGGAAAAUGAUUCCAAUGAACAAUCUACGGCAGAUAAUGCUGCAGCCAACGAGCAGGCCGUUGGCAAGGAGCAUGGAACGGAUGAGCCUUCCCCCGUCAACCAAAAGACGGUACCUGAGUAUGCUCAUUCCAAGGAGCAAUCUGUUGGUGAGUACAGUGCUGAUAUUAAUAUUGAUACCGAUCCGAAUACACUAGAUCAAGAAGAGUUGUUAAAUAACACGUACAUUUUGGAAAAUAUUCCACAUGAAGUAAAUAACGCGCCUGCGGAAAAUGAUUCCAAUGAACAAUCUACGGCAGAUGAUGCUGCAGCCAACGAGCAGGCCGUUGGCGAGGAGCAUGGAACGGAUGAGCCUUCUCCCGUCAACCAAAAGACGGUACCUGAGGAUGCUCAUUCCGGGGAGCAAUCUGUUGAUCAAGUAGACCUGUUAAAUGACACGUACGUUUUGGAAAAUAUUCCACAUGAAGUAAAUAACGCGCCUGCGGAAAAUGAUUCCAAUGAACAAUCUACGGCAGAUGAUGCUGCAGCCAACGAGCAGGCCGUUGGCGAGGACCAUGGAACGGAUGUGCCUUCUGCCGUCAACCAAAAGACGGUACCUGAGGAUGCUCAUUCCGGGGAGCAAUCUGUUGGUGAGUACAGCAAUGAUAUCAAUAUUGAUACCGAUCCGAAUACACUAGAUCAAGUAGACCUAUUAAAUAACACGUACGUUUUGGAAAAUAUUCCACAUGAAGUAAAUAACGCGCCUGCGGAAAAUGAUUCCAAUGAACAAUCUACGGCAGAGGAUGCUGCAGCCAACGAGCAGGCCGUUGGCGAGGAGCAUGGAACGGAUGAUCCUUCCCCCGUCAACCAAAAGACGGUACCUGAGGAUGCUCAUUCCGGGAAGUAA